ACCACAGGGGAAUAAUAGAGAAAGGCUCCGCGGCCUUGUUCCCAGGCGCUCCCUGGGCGCUGUUGCGAAGGUGAUAACCAUAGAGCUUUCGUCCCCACCCACCCGCGGACGAGGGAGGGAGAGCGCAGACGCGGAAGCGGCCGCUCUGCGCCGUCAUCUCUACGGGCUCGGCGGACGCGAGAGAAAAAAAACAAAACAUGGCAGCCGGCGGAGGAGCGGCUCGCGGUUCCUGAGGGGCCAUUGCCCGCGCCGCCAUGUACUCCUCCGCCGCCUCCUCUUCGACGCCGCUGCCACCCUCCACCAGGCGGGACUUCAUCACCGUGACCCUCAGCCCCGGCGGAGCCCUCGAGGCAGCGGCGGCCGCCGUCGGCGGCUACAACAACAGCAAGGCCUGGCGGAGGCGCUCCUGCUGGCGGGUGAGGGGAGAAGCCAUAGAGUCGGGGCUGGUGGUGGGGUGCGCGGAGAGGCAAUAAGGGCCGCAGCGCUCUGCCCUCCUCAGGCCGGGGUGGGAAGUGCCGCGCAGGGCGCAUGCGUCAAGCCUUGGCAAGCCAGGAAGCCCCCAGGGUGGGCAUUGCAUAGCCAUAGUCCUUAGGGUGGUUACGACUCUCCCCCUCCAACUUCACCAGUCCAACCCAAAUGGAGCAGCUAAGAGUCAUAGAAGGGACCCCUAGGGUUAUCCAGCCGGGCCCCCUGCAGCGCGGGAAUCUCGGCUAAAGCAUCCAGGACAGAUGACCACACAGAGUCCACCACCUCCCGAGGGAGACAGUUCCACUGUCGAACAGCUGUUACUGUCACGGAAAGUUCUUCCUGAUUUUUGGUCGGAAUCUCCCUUUUUGUAACUGGAAUCCAUGGGUUCAAGUACUCCCCUCUGGAGCUGGAAAACAAGUUUGCUCCCUCUUCCAUAUGACAGCCCUUUAGAUUUAGUUGUAGGGCCAGGUGAGGAAUGCAGGAACUUCCUCUGACCCCUUCCCUGCAGUCUGAAAUGGUUGCAUUAGCUGCACUGGUUGGAUUUCUGUCUCACUUUUCUGAAUCAUAUGUACUGUUGUAGAAUGACUGAAUGAUUGAUUGCUUUCAUAUCCCACCUUCUCCUCCAAGGAGCUCAAGGUACAUGGUUCUGAGUGCCAUAAUAAAGCAUGCAGUGUGAUCCACUUCCUCAUUUAAUCCCCACAGCAACCCUGUGGGGUAGGUUAGGCCAAGAUGCAGUGACUGUCCCAAAGCCACCCAGUGAGCUUCAUGAGUGAGUGUGGAUUUGAACCUUGGUCUCUGAGGUCCUAGCUUGAUCUCCUAAUCACUACAUCAGCACCAGCUGUCAAUCACCUUGUGGGGAAAGGGUGUGGGAGAGUGCAGCUGGAGGAGGUGCUGGGGUGGAUUCUGCUUGCUCUCCUUCCCGUUGUUGUUACAUUCAUACGUUGGGUUGAAGCAGCUUCCGGUUGAGCAUUUUCGGGUUGCGCUCCGCGGCAACCCAAAAGUAACGGAAUGCAUUACUUCCGGGUUUCACCACUCGUGCAUGCGCAGACGCUCAAAAUGAUGUUAUGCGCAGAAGCGGCAAAUCACAACCCGCGCACACGCAGAUGUGGGUUGUGUUCGCUUCAGGAUGUGAACGGGGCUCCGGAAUGGAUCCCAUUCGCAUCCAGAGGUACCACUGUAUUGUAAUGGUUGAUUGAAAGGGGAUUUUUUUAAGGGUAAUAUUAUGGAUAGUAAAUGUUGGUGUGUUUACCUUUGUUCCUUCAAAGGGCAGGGUUAUAAAAAGAACAGGAAGAGUCCCAUAGGUGCAGGAAACUGGACUAUUAGUAACAAUUUAUAAGAAUAUCAAUUCCAACAUGUUUUGAAAACAAACCUGGAGUUUUCAUUUUAGAUUAAUAGACUCCUGCCCCUGCUGGGUUCCUUCCAGCUUUUAAAUAUAGGUAUAUGAACAAAUGUCCAUGGAGUCCAGGAUCCUGCUUCCCUCAGUGGUCAACCAGAUGCCCCCCCAGAAGCCUUGGAGGAAGCCUUAAAGGCACAUCCCCCCCCCCAAGUUUGAUGCUGCUAGUAUCUAGUAUUCUGAACACAGGUGUUCCAGCCCAGCUGCUCCUAUGUUCUUCUGAUAAUUCAAUCAGUCCAGAGGGGGCCUGUCAGGUCAAGCAUCCUCUUCCCCCAGUAGCCAGCCACUUACCCAAGUCCACAUGUGAGGCAUAAAUACAACUCCCCUCUCCCAUUGUUGCUUCCUAGCAACUGAUACUCAGAGCCAUGCUGCCUCUGAAAUCUGGUGGCUCAAUACAGCCAUCACAAUUGGUAGUCAUUGAUUGGCUUUUCUCCUAUUUAUUCUCCCCCCUCCCCUUGAUUUUCAGACCAACAUUUAUUCUCCAAAGCAACUUGCAUCAGUUCAUGAUGCUGGCAGCAGGUGCUGUACCUUCAAGGUGUAGGCAGGGUGCCUUUCUCUCCCCACUGAAUCAUCACAACAACAAAAGACAGACCUCUGGGGUGCGACAGGAAACAGAGAGGUGGCAUUAGCCCUGGCAGCUUCCUUUUCGAGAAAGAAACUUUGAACAGAGAACUGGCUCUGUGUUUUCCUCAGACAGCUGUUGCUGUUAAGCCAUGAAAAAGUCAAGAAGCGGCCUUGAUCCAGAUCUCAUGAGCUGUGCUGUACGUAAGAGGAAUCUCUGGCAUUUUUUGUUUUUUGUUUUAGGCAAGAUGCUGACAAGAGAGGGAGGUGCCCAAGUGCAGUGAAAUCAGGGCAGUUGUGGAGGCGCGUGGGACAAGGAAGGUUCAUGUUGCUCCCCUUUAUAAACUCCUUUGUAAUCCCUCCGUAGCGGAAUAGCUAUGGUGGCUGCAUAGAACCUCCAUGUUCAGAGGCAGUGUGCAUCUUGAGUGCCAGAGGGAAGGGGGUUCUUGCCCUCCUGCCCUGCUUGUGGGCUUUCUGGAAAUAUCUGGCUGGCCGCUGUUGGAAGCAGGAUGUCGCUCUAGGUGGACCUUUCGUGUCAUUCAGCUGGAUUCUUCUUACUUCUUUAUGGAACUAUAUCAGUGGUUUUUAUUUAGGAUCUGUGUUCAGAAGCUGGAGGAGAUGCUGGAGGCAUACAACAGAGAGAGGCCAGGGAGGCUGUUGUAUUUCCUGUUUCGGGCUUUCCAGGAGGCUUCUGGCUGGCCUCUGUUGGAACCGAGUCUUGGAUUGGUCAGUGUGAGCCAGCAGGACUGGUCAUCUGCUCUAACUUUUUCUCCACAGUCACAGCCCAAUUUAAGUUGUUUAACUGUUUUUGCUUGCAGUUUCUUCCUUUCCCCUUCCCUCCUCCCUCCCAACAGUUAAAUUUCAGAUUUUAAGUCCUUCUAGAAGGGUGUGUGUGUAUGUACUGUAUUAUACUACAGAGCAGAGUGGGGCAGAAAAUAAGUCAGGAUCUGUAGGUAGAUUGGGAUCCACUGCUAGAUCUCUGGGUAAUCUGAAGAACACCAAGAAUGAUUUCUCACUCCCAGUUGCUUAAAAUUUACUGCAUACAGUUCUGGUUGCCUUACCACAAAAAUGUUAUUGUAGAGUUGGAGGGCCACCAAAAAUUAUCAGUUGGGGGGGGGGUUGGGGGUGGAGUGACUUUCCGAUGAGGGAAGUUUGCAGCAUUUGGGACUUUUUAAUUUAGAAAAAAAGCCAAUAAGAGGUGGCAAGAUAGGAGUUUAUAAAAUGAUGCUUGGUAUGAAGAAAGUGGACAGAGAAAAGUUUUUCUUCCUUUAUUAUAAUACUCACUAAAUGUUGCAAGAUCCUGUGUUCCUAACAAUGGCAUCAACAAAUUUACCCCAAAUACUGCUGAAAUACUGAAAACUGGGGAGGCGGGAAACCAGAGUGGAUAUUUUAUGUAGAAGGGCUGUGUGCUCUGCUCAGUUCUGGUGCUCAUAAAAAGUUCCUGGGCUCAGAAGUCUUUCAUUCUAAGAUUUUGUUUCUUGAUAUGGUCGAUCUUGGGGUUCCAGUAAAAAAGCAAAGUGGAUCCAGCAAAGCUGAAGUCUGCCCACCCUUAUUGUAAAGUUUCAUAUGUGGUAAAGGAACACUGUCUACAUAAUUGCUUCAGAGAUUCAUCCUUGCUUUUCUGUGUAGAGUGAAAAGGGAGAUACAAACUGGGAAGUGUUUAGUGCAGCUUGUGAAAACUCACAUGGAGACCUGUGGUGUCAAUGCAUUCAUGUCAUGAGCUAGCGUUCAUUUCUGAUUUAGACUCGUGAGUUUUUGGCAUUAUUUAUUUAUUGCUGUAUAAAUAGCACAGUUAUUAUAUUUGCAUUUCUGAUUUCUCUCUCUAUUGUUUCAAUCUCAGAAAUGGAAGCAGCUGUCCCGCCUCCAGCGGAGCUUGAUCCUCUUCCUGUUCGCCUUUCUGGCUGUCUGCGGAGUCAUCACUUACGCAAACAUGUCCGAACCCUGGAAAAGUAGGUCUAUUUAACUUACUUAGCUUUUCUGCAGCUUAGCAAGGUUGCAGAUUUGUAAUUUGUAAUUUUUAAAAAGCAACUAAAGCUUUCAUCCUAAACUCAGGACAGGUUUGGAAAGUUCUAUACAAAGAGAGGGUCCUGUAUGCAAAAGGAAGAGGCCCUUCAUUGGUGGGAGGCCAGUUUUAAAGCAGCAACCACUGGAGAAAAAUUAAGGGGAUCUUUGCUUAUUUUCAGAGGCUGUUUUGCUUCUUUUGUGUUACUGUAAUCAGCGGUGCUGAAUGCAAGUUUAGACCACGGUGAAAAUCCCCACCCCACCCCAGGCCUCCCUAAUCAAGGGCUAAUUGGCUAAAAAGUAUUUACAUGGGAUGUAAAACAAAUUCAUGAUCUCAUUUGGGUGUCAAUAAUAAAUGUGAUGUUUUGUACCUGCUGAGAAUGUUAAGAUCCUAAUGACUUAUAUCAGUAGUAAAAGCAUAUAAGCAUCUACACGAUCAUUGCUGAACUAGUCAAACACUUGAAACAUUCAACUUGUACUUCAUUGUGCAGUGGUACCUCUGGUUGCAAACGGGAUCCGUUCCGGAGGCCUGUUCGCAACCUGAAAAGAACGCAACCCGCGUCUGCACGUCUGCGCACAUGCGGGUCGUGAUUUGCUGCUUCUGUGCAUGCGCAUGAUGUCAUUUUGCAUGCAUGCGCGAGCAGCGAAACCUGGAAGUAACCCUUUCCAGUACUUCCGGGUCGCUGCGGGACGCAACCUGAAGAAACGUAUCAUGAAGCAAACGUAACAUGAGGUAUGACUGUAUUCGCAUGGUGUUCACUUACAAAAACCCACAUCGUAAGAUGAGACUGUGCUAUCAUAUUGUCAAAGCGUAGAAGUGAAUGUUCGUAGACGGUUGGAAAUACUCAGAAAUCAUAGAAUUAUAGAGUUGGUGUAACAUGGAAGGACACUGGGCAACUUAUAGAGAACUCUUGGACUUUUCAGAAGUAGUAAGAUUUUAAAAAGGAGGGACUUGGACAAGUGGUGAUGGAUUGGUUACAGUAUCAUCAAAUAAAUGAUGUGUUAAAACUGGACAAAAGAAGGGGUUUUUCGACCCAAAGUUCACAAUUUGAAAGAGAGAUUAUUGAUAGUAAAGAAAAAUAAUUUCUAAAAUGUAUAAACUACUAUUAGAAUGGGAGACAAAAGAUGAAUUGGUAAAAUUCGUUGGGUAAAUGAAUUGGUAAAAUGGGUUAAAAAAUAUAUGAUCCAUUGGGUAAGGGAUAAAGGGCAUGAUAUAGAAAUGAGUGCCUGGGAGAAAUUAUGGAAAAAAGAUCUAAAAUUUACUGCAUUUUACACACUGAAGGAAAACCAUAUGAAAAUGAUCUAUAGGUGGUAUUUAACGCCAAGUAAAUUAGCUAAGAUGUAUAAAACUGAAACUGAUAGUUGUUGGAAAUGUAAAGAAAAAAGAAGGCACAUUUUAUCAUAUAUGGUGGACAUGCAAAAAGGUUAAAAACUUCUGGGAAAUGAUGAAUUGAAAAAAAUGUUUAAAACCCCGGAAGCUUUUCUUUUAGGCAUAACAGAUGAAAAUAUACCCAGGGACCACAAAUCUCUUUUUAUGUAUGCUUACUACAGCUGCAUGGAUGGUAUAUGCUCAGAGAUAGAGGGAAGAUAAAAUACCAACGAAGUAAGAAUGGCAGACAAAGUUAAUAGAAUAUAUAGAAAUGGCAAUGGGGGGGGGGGAAUCGUAGAGUUGGAAGGGGCCACAAGGGUCAUCUAGUCCAGCCCCCUGCAGUGCAGGCUUGAACUCACAACCAUUAGAUUAAGAGUCUCUUGCUCUGCUGACGGAGCUAACUUGCUGUUGAUGCAUAGUUCACAGCAAAAGUUUGCAAGCUAUUAUUUUGGAAUUGUGCGUGCAUUGAAGAUGAAAUACAUAUUUUGUUAAUAUGUUACAUAAAACAUGUUCAAGUUAGUGAGUACCCCCUCUGGACUGCCGGGCCCCAGCUGCACCUGCUGCCCUGUCAUCAGCCCUGACUGCAAUAAUGAAUGAAUCGAAAGAUCAAAAAAGAAAUUAUGCUAGUUCUUCUUGGUGGGUGAUUUUUGUUGUGGGAGCAAGAUACAUUGGACAGGGCACAAUGAUUUGGUUUCCAUGGUUUUGUUUAUUGUUCUGGUAAGCCUGAAGCCAGCAUGUAAACAUGUUUAACUGGAUGAGAUCUUACCAGGAGUCUUGGACGUUCAUUUCAUUAUGUUGCAUCAGGUGGCAUUCACUGCAGUUAAUUUCUCUUUCCAGGUCUAACCAGCAGAGCUUCAGAGGAACAAAAGACUUAUAUGGAGGUCCCUGGGUUGAAGCCAGCAAAUCAGGCAGUUCUUCCAAUUCCACAAAAUGCUGAUGCCAAUCAGGGGGAUUUUUCACUUCAAGUAAUUCUCUCCCCAAUGUCUUUUUUGGAAUCUAGAGGGUUGGGGGGUAGCAGCCUAACACACAGCAGGCACCCUCUGUAUCUAAGCGUAUGAUAUUAUUUUAUUAUUUGGCUAAUUGUGCUGUUUAAAAUGUGUAUUUUAUAUCGGACUUCCUUUAGUAAUUCUCCCUUUAGAAAAGGUGAGUAAGAGGUGACAUGAUGAACAUUUAUAAAACGAUGCAUGGCAUGGAGAAAGGGGAUACAGAAAAGUUUAAUUUCUCCCAUACUGCUGGAACUCAUGGACGUCUAGUGAAACUGAAUGUUGGAAGAUUGAGGAAGAGAAAAUAAAGUACUUUUUCACGCAGCAAAUGAUGAUGAUGAUAAUAAUAAUAAUAAUUUAUUAUUUGUACCCUGCCCUUCUGGCUGGGUUUCCCCAGCCACUCUGGGCCGCUUCCAACAAAGACCAAAAAUACACUAAAAUGUCACACACUAAAAACUUCCCUGAACAGGGCUGCCUUCAGAUGUCUUCUGAAUGUCAGGUAGUUGUUCUUCUCUUUGACAUCUGAUGGGAGGGCAUUCCACAGGGUGGGUGCCACCACCGAGAAGGCCCUCUGCCUGGUUCCCUGUAGCUUUGCUUCUCACAAUGAGGGAACCGCCAGAAGGCCCUCGGCACUGGACCUCAGUGUCCGGGCUGAACGAUGGGGGUGGAGACGCUCCUUCAGAUAUACUGGACCGAGGCCGUUUAGGACUUUAAAGGUCAGCACCAACACUUUGAAUUGUGCUCAGAAACGUACUGGCAGCAAUGUAGGUCUUUCAAGACUGGUGUUAUAUGGUCUCGGCAGCCGCUCCCAGUCACCAGUCUAGCUGCCGCAUUCUGGAUUAGUUGUAGUUUCCGGGUCUCCUUCAAAGGUAGCCCCACAUAGAGUGCAUUGCAGUAGACCAAGCAGGAGAUAACUAGAGCAUGCACCACUGGCAGUUAAACUUUGGAACUAUCUCCCACAGGAGGAAGUGCUUCCCGCGAGCUUGGAUGGAUUAAAAAGAGGAUUAGACAAAUUCAUGGAGGAUAAGGCUAUCAUUAGCUACUAGCUGCAACAACUAAGCUCUGCCUCCACAGUUGGAUACAACAAUUUUUCUAAAUGCUGGUUGCUGCAAGCUACAAGGGUGGAGGAGGGUGGAGGUGACACGGCAGACGUUUACAAAAUCAUGCACAGAUAGAAGUUUUUCUCCCUUUUCUCAUGACACUAGAAUUCGAGGGUCAUCCAGUGAAGCAGUAAUUCUUCUGAAUACCAGUUGCUAGAUGCCGCAGAAGGGGAGAGUUCUCUUGCGCCCAGAUCCUGCAUGUUGGUUUCCCUUUAGGUCACCUGCUUGGCUGCUGUAAGAACAGGAUGCUGGACUAGAUGGGCAAUUGGCUUGAUCCAGUGGGCUCUUCUUAGAUUCUUAUGAGUACCUAAAAUACAACAACCCUACCACAAAGGAAAGGGACGCGGGUGGCACUGUGGGUUAAACCACAGAGCCUAGGACUUGCCGAUCAGAAGGUCGGCGGUUUGAAUCCCCGCAUCGGGGUGAGCUCCUGUUGCUCGGUCCCUGCUCCUGCCCACCUAGCAGUUCGAAAGCAUGUCAAAGUGCAAGUAGAUAAAUAGGUAUCGCUCCGGCAGGAAGGUAAACAGUGUUUCCGUCCGCUGCUCUGGUUUGCCAGAAGCAGUUUAGUCCUGCUGGCCACAUGACCCGGAAGCUGUACGCCGGCUCCCUAGGCCAGUAAAGCGAAAUGAGCGCCGCAACCGCAGAGUCGGCCACGACUGGACCUAAUGGUCAGGGGUCCCUUUACCUUUACCACAAAGGAAGAACAGGAGAGGGUGGCUUUCAUUUGUGUUUUCUACCAUUGCCUAUCUUCUCAAGGCUGUCUGGAGCACAACUUGAUUAACCAUUAAUCUGAGGAAAUGCCAGACUCGUGACUAGGCUUCUUUGCCAGCACCUUUCUCAGAAAGGAGACUGAGGUUUACGAAAGGCCCUGUAUGAUUGCUUCACAUCUUUAAUCUUUGACUCCCAGCCCAGGACUCCACCUUGUGUCUUUUGCAGGCUGCUGACGAAGUCUUGCAUGCUUACCACUCAUGUAAGCAAGACUCUUUGGGUGACAGCCCUGUCCCUCAAGCCCUGGGCCACUGGUGCGUCACCUGGUGUGGUCAGAGGUUGCUGCUGAAGGAAGCUCAGGUCCACUUGGGAUACAACUUCUCUGGCAAAGUGGGCAAGAGAAGUGGUCUAUGUCUUGAAUUUUCCCUGUGUCUGAAGUUUGGCAGGAUUGCUGGGGGGGGGGGAGGGCCAAGCACCCUAUCCUGUCUCAUUGGGUGGUGCAAUUAUGACUCUCUUUUGCUUUGGAGGCAGGGCUGUGCAAAUGGCUUCAUGCGCCAUCCCUUUUCAUAGGAGGCACAUUCCAUUUUCCAGUCUUGCCUGUAUUUCCAGGCAAGGGGGACCCUCACAGAGCUUCAGAUCCUUUUCAUGGUAGUAGGUGGUGUUAAUGGAGAAAUCUGAGGGCUCCCUUGGACAAAAAACAAGGACACCAGCCAGGAAUACCAGAGCAAAACAGCAGCCAGUAGGCUUGGUCUUUAUAGAAGACUGUCGCAACAGGACUCCCACCUGCCACAAGCUGGAACAAGAUGGAAGCCCCGAACAAAAGAGAACCCAAACUUUUAUUAGCUGCUAAUCCCCAUGUUACACCCCCCCCCCAACUACAUCACUAAUACAUCCCGGUCACAUAAUGAAAGGGGAGGUCUGGUGGCAGUAAUCUGAGCAUCCUGGACCCUGCCCCAUGGUUCCCCUUGCUCUCCACCAAACACCCAUCAAGUGUAACAAAAGAGAUAUUUACAUUUCCCUGUUUCCCAGCCAAGUUAAUCACACCCUUUUGUCUUCAUCUGGGUUUGUUAUUUCUGGAACAGCUGCCUGUCUGCUGAGUAGCUGAGCUCACGUGUCUAUAUGAAUUUCUGAAGUUUUCCCAGUGAGCCAGUACAUAGAUACAUUUAUCAGUGAAUUAUUACAUCUGGUAUUGUGCUGCAGAGGCCCUUUGAAUAGAGAGGAAGAAACUGUGAUGAAGUGUUUUGUGGGGACAAAUCACAAAAGCCACAAAAGUUAUUGUGCUGAUUUUGGUAGUGGGCUGCAUGUGCAUGAUAUCUGCUGGAGGGGCAACCCCCCCCCCCAACCUAUACAUAAAUUCCUGCAACAGUGGCAUCACUAUUACUGGCCUGUUUUCUUCUGACCUGAUGAGAGAAGCCUCUCAUCUUAAAGAAGCAAAUGGAGGCUAGUAAUGAGGCCAGGACUCAGUGUGGCUUCCUGUCCUGAGAAACUAGGAAAUAGCUGGAUUCAGUUCUCUGUCAACAGAUGAAAGGGGAAGGGAAAGGUAGGGGCAGUUUUAGUUUAUCCCAGCCCUGCAGAUAUGGUCACAGACAUGGGCAUAGAGCCAAGUCUCCCCUUACUUCCCUGCCAGUCUUGCCAAAGGUGACAAAGCAAGUGGCUUUUUACAGGUAUGUGUAGGUGUGUAUGGGAAGGUGGGAAGUCAUUGUUUUCUUCCUCUGCUCCAUUUCCUUAGAAACCUCCGAAGCAGCUUCCUGUCCGGCGGGGACCUCCUAACCUGCAGAUCAGGCCACCAUGGAGAGACUCGAGGUUGAACUUCCCAGAUGAAGCAGCCAAGGAGGAGGGAGAAGCUGGCCAGGCUGGUAAAGAACAAAAAACGGAGAAGUCCGUCAUCAGGUAGUUGGCUGAAGGAGCAUUGCUUGGUUGCAAGAAAGUUAUAACACACAUUUCGACCCUUUAGGAGAGGCAACCGCAGGAGCAGCAGGAAUGGAGAUGUGAAGCUAACAUGGAAAACAUCUAGUAACAGAUGCCUGGGCUUCAGUUCAGCUGGGGGUUAAGUUCUGAGACUAAGGAGAAGCUACACGCUGGCACCACAGAGGACCUGGGAGUGUUCUGGGCAUAAGGGGCAGUAAGGGAGAACCAUUUAAGAGACUUUUGUGUGGAGAAAUCUGCACCCCCGGGAAAAGAGGAGCAUCUAUAUUUGGGUAUGCAGCACCCCACUCCUUGACUGAGCCUUUGUUGUGCAUCUUUCUGACGUUGCUGUGACAGCAGAACCCAGACAGUUUUCCUUGAAUAGUUCUCUUUUUGCAGCUGGAGAGGAGCAGUUAUUGAGCCGGACCAGGGCACAGAACCUCCUUCCAACAAAAUAAAGGAACCAGACAGGCCCUUGCCUGUGGAAUCCGAAGAUACUAAAGAGCCAGGUAAUGAGUCAAGGGGAACCCCCAUCUCUGGUGAGGUCAAAGCUUAUUCCUGCCAUGCAGGCAGUUGCUGGUUACUGCUACACAAAACAGACAGGUCAGAAACAGACAUGUCUGUUGGGUACAGAGACUGUUGGGGAAAUAUCCAGGUUCAAGCCUGAUACCCUGGGCUGCUUGGAACGGCCAAUAGAAUCCAGAUGCCAGUCAUCAGUAAAAUAGGAUGUUUAUUUAGGUGUUGCAGGGCCGAUGCAUCACAGUCUCAUCCAGCAAGUAGUAUGAGGGGCGGCACACCAAAUAUGAAAAAAGCACAAGCAGGUAUAUACAGUUACAAACAAAGGGUCAGGUCUGUCCAUAUAUGGCAAUAACUUCCACCUUCUAACUUCUAUCGGCUUCUACAAGAGAUGGCAACAGGCUUCUAACUUCCUUAUCUCUUCUCCUACAACAGUUUAUAGUAACAAGUGUGGUGUAGUGGUUCAGAGCGGUGGACUCGUAAUCUGGUGAACCGGGUUCGUGUCUCCGCUCCUCCACAUGCAGCUGCUGGGUGACCUUGGCCUAGUCACACUGAAGUCUCUCAGCCCCACUCACCUCACAGAGUGUUUGUUGUGGGGGAGGAAGGGAAAGGAGAAUGUUAGCUGCUUUGAGACUCCUUCGGGUAGUGAUAAAGCGGGAUAUCAAAUCCAAACUACUCUUCUUCUUCAAGUUCCUGCUUAUGUGCUACUUUGUUCUUCUCUCACGGUUCUGUUGUGAACACAGCCUUCACAUUCCAACCUUCACUAGCUCAGUCCUUCUCAAACACGUUUCAAUUUCCAUUCUUUAAUUUAUCUGACAUAUUAGUGAAGAUGUGGCCCCAAGCUUUCUUCCUGCCAUUUCCCCUUUGUUUCAGACAGUAUGGCUGCAUGUAACAUUCAAAUGUUGUUUAUUUUAACCUUUUUUAACGCUCAUGGCGCUGUGGGUUAAACCACAGAGCCUAGGACUUGCCGAUCAGAAGGUCGGCGGUUCGAAUCCCCGCGACGGGGUGAGCUCCCAUUGCUCGGUCCCUGCUCCUGCCAACCUAGCAGUUCGAAAGCACAUCAAAGUGCAAGUAGAUAAAUAGGUACCGCUCUGGCGGGAAGGUAAACGGCGUUUCCGUGUGCUGUUCUGGUUCGCCAGAAGCGGCUUAGUCAUGCUGGCCACAUGACCCGGAAGCUGUAUACCGGCUCCCUCAGCCAAUAAAGCGAGAUGAGCGCCGCAACCCCAGAAUCGGCCACGACUGGACCUAAUGGUCAGGGGUCCCUUUACCUUUAUGGUUUUGUUUUAGCCGUGGUUUGUUGGAACAAACUAGGAUCAGUCUUGUGGAUAAACAAAGCAACCAUGCCUAAUUUUGCCUAAUGCUGAUUUCACUUUUCUAAUGGCUCUUGCCUCACAUCUCUGGCCAUGUGAGCGUCUGGGGAGGGGUGCUGGAAAAAAACCAGGUUCAUGCCAGUACAUUGCAUUCAAAAAGUAAUGGGAAAUCAUGGUUGCACAAGCCAUUGUUUGUAAGCCAACUUCAGUCCAUGGUUUCACAUUCUGAAUUGUUAAUUUCCCCUCCCCCCCCCAAAUCAAACUUAUUAGUCACUUGUCACCUGACGGUCUCCAAACAACUUACACUAAAAAUAAAUAAAUACACACACAACAAUAAGGUUAAUAAGAAUAUGCAAAUAUAGAUUGUUAUAUGGAUGAAAAUAUAUUGUUAUAAUAGGUUAAGAUAUAGAGUAAAGAUAAAUGAAAGAGGGUAAGGAUUGGCUGAAAGGAUUUUGUAAACGGGAAUACAAAAAGGGGAGGUGUGAGGAGGUCAAGGAAAUAAGUAAAUGAGCCUAAAGAUAUUGAAAAAUGGAUUUUUUCUUUUUAAUUUUUUUCCUUUUUUUCCUUUUUUUCUUUUUAAGCCAUCUGUUUUUUGUAUUUUGUAUUUUCCUUUUUCUCUUUUAGGUCCUUGUUUUUUUGGUAUUAUCUUAGGUUCUUGUUUUAUUGGUAUUAUCCUUGUUAUCUUUUUUCUUUUUCUGUUUAUGUGUAAUCUUUGGUUUAAUUUUCUUAAUUUUUUUAAACCUAUGUUUAUUGUAACAUUCUAAUAAAUAUUUUAUAAUAAAAAAAAAACAAUAACGGAAGGGGGGAAAAAUAAGGGGAUUGUAUAAUAUAUUAAUAUAUUGUCUAACGAAACACUUAUGAAAAAGCAAAAAAAUUAAAUUGCCUUAUAAAUAAUAACAGCGUUAACUAUACGAUUAACUAAUAAGUUUGAUAAAUGGGGAAAAAAUGGUUUGGUAGUUGACUAGAGUAGGCGAAUCAUGCAAUGUCAGAGGGGGCCCUUGCCUAAACAGAAUCCAGAGAGCUGGUCCCAGCAGCUAAGUUCCUGUGUCCUACAGCUGAGUUCUUUUGCUUUCUGAUUUUAGUACCUCUCAAUGAGCGCCAGAUGGCAGUGAUAGAAGCAUUCCGCCACGCUUGGAAGGGCUACAAGGAGUUUGCCUGGGGCCACGACGAGCUGAAGCCCAUCUCUAAGUCAUUCAGCGAAUGGUUUGGCCUUGGCCUAACACUCAUUGAUGCCCUGGACACCAUGUGGAUCAUGGGCUUGAAAGAAGGUCUGCCCCGUUUCUCCCAUGCCAGCUUUUUCACCUGGCCUCGUUUACUUGAUUUAUUUUACCAAAUGUCUAUACCACUUCAUCGUAGCAGAACCUCUUGAGUGGUUUAUGGGAAGUGUUGAAAUCACCAGUAAGACAAUUAAAAGCAAAUAAUGAAAAGCAUUUAUAAAAGCAAAGUCAGUAAACAAAAAGAAGAGAUUUAAAACAUGCCUGCUUUUAUGUGCCUUCAUAGGCUUGCUCAAACAAAAAUGUUUUAAGCAGAAAAAAAAACAGUGAAGGCACUUGCCCGAUGCCAAUAGACUGGGAGUUCCAAAGAGCAGGUAUUGCUGUGCCAGAAGAAUGAUUUAUUGCAGCUGCAGAAGAGGUGUUACGUGGCAUCUGCAACAGUGGCAGAUCUGCAGAUCAGAGUGGUCAAAUGGGCACAUGCGGAGCGAGGCAAUGCCCUCCUUUCCAUUGUUUUCUCUUGCUCCGCCAGUGUUGUCUGAGGAGCAAGAACCUUUCUUCCAGAGCUGGCACAUUACCUUGAAUAUUAGCACACUUUGCUGUAGCUGCAGAAGAUUUUCUUUUUUGUCUUUUGUUUGGGGGAGGGGAUUUAGUUUGGGCCCCCAGCCCCAGGUUGACCAUGUCUGCUGUGGAGAGCAUCGCCUGCCCCCUACCCCCACCCACUUCCACAGGCAUGAAUGGUAGAGAGCUAUAUUGGGCAGGGGCCAUAGCUGCCGCGGAGCUCUGGCAUCAUCUCCAGUUAAAAGGGUCCAGGUGACAAGUGAUGGCAAAUACACUUUUCUGCAUGAAAAGCUGGACAGCUGUUGCCAGUUAGAGUAGGCAGCACUGGACUAGAUGGACCCAUUUCCUAAAUGGGCGUAAAGGCAGCUUCUCCUGCUCCUAGGCCAACAAAGCAAACCUGUGUUCAGCAGCUUGGGAGGCUGCUCUUUUACCUGGCAUCCAGGUGGGCAGGAGCCACUCCCAGAUGUGGCCUUAAGAAUGAGGGAGGGGGAUUUCCCGAGUCUUCCCUUCCCCAGCAGCCCAGAAUACCUUGGUGCAGGGUUUCCGUUGACAAUCUCUUGACUCCCUUCCCCAAUGCAGAGUUCAAAGAAGCAAGGAAGUGGGUUGCCACUGACCUCAACUUCAACAAGAAUGUGGACGUCAACCUAUUUGAGAGCGCCAUUCGGAUCCUUGGGGGCCUGUUGAGCACUUACCACCUCACGGGGGACAACCUCUUCCUAGAAAAAGCUGUAAGUAGCCCUGCGAUCUUGCAGUCCGACAACAACCAACGUCCCCCACCCACCGCUGCCGCCGCCAAAUUCCCACAAUAAUGUCUGAACGUUUCUGGCACUCUUGAGAAAGUAGCAGCCCUGUGGAACUGAAAACUGAGGGAAGCCAGUUUAAAACAAGUGUCUGUUUACAGUGGCUAAUUGGAUGUUUUCCAUACCCACCUCUGCCACCUUGUCAUGAGUCCCAUAGAGAAAUUGUAGAGAGAGCAGUCAGACCAGGAGAGGGUUGGGGUGUUGGAGGAGCUGCCUGCUGGUGACCCUGGGGAGACAGGCUGUGCCUGGGCCUUGAGAGGCUGGAAUCCAAUCUUGGGGAGGGUCCCGGUGGUGUAGCCUCCCAGCACUCUGCUCUGUCCCCUUCCCGCGUCACCUGGAAUUGCUACGUCCACUCCACAACCCCCAGCUCCAGUGCCAGUCUCACCUCUGAUCCUGACACCUCUGCUGUACCACCAGAGUCCACUCCAGCUCAUCCUCUUAGGAGAGGUUAGGCACUCAUCAGGAAGAAAGGGUAUUCAAGGAAGACUGGAAAACGUUAAUUGAAUAUAUGAAGAAUCAUUGUAAACAAAUUCAAACAUUAGCAGGAUUAGAGUAAAUUUCAGCAAUAUAAAUUACAUUGAGAUAAAAUGGAUAAAAUAGGAUACAGAGUAAAUAGAAUAUGAAACAGCAAGUGAAAGUUAAAAGGAGCCAUGGAAAGCGGGGAAGGGAAGUCAAUGUUUAAUGUAUUGUAUUUGGUGUAUGUUAAUGGGGGAAAAACGUAACAAUGAAAAUCCCAUAUAACGGGACCCAGGUUGUGUUUGUGCUUGUCUUCAUUUGCUUAGCCAGACACAGCACCUGUUGUUUCUUUGAACCCUGUUUUGUACCACACUGAUUUGAGCAUUGAAGAUGUUGGCAGAGACUGCACUCCGAGUUCGAGUUCUCAAUCCAGUGAGAGCCAGGAGGACACUUGCUGAUAAAGGGCUCUGCAAAUCCAAGGAUUGGGGAAACCCUUUUGUGUGCUGUGGAUGUCAUGAGGGAGACCCUCAAGGGCAGCCUCCCCCAACCUGGUGCCCUCCAGAUGUUGUGGACUGAAACGGCCAGUGGUCAGGCACGAUGGGAGCUGCAGUCCAAUACCUGAGUCUGGGGAAUACUGCUUUGCCUGUUCUCCUCUCAGUGACACUUCAGAGCAGUCCACCCGUGGCAGAUCUAGCUGUCAAGCAAAUGAUGAGCAUUAGUGGCAUUCUGUUUGGUUGCUGAGCUUGGAUGCAGCAAACCACUUAGCUUUUUUGAUAUCCCUGAAAGAGUUGUUGAUUUUGCUUCUUGAAUGGCUACCUUCUCCCCCUACUCCCCUUGCCCCGCUCUAUGUUUAAAGGCAAGCUGUGUUUGAAACUGAGGGAAAUGUCAAAAGCCCUUGGUAGCAUUGCGUAAUAUAGCGGGGGUGUGGGUCUGUUCUAAAAUGUCAGGCAUGAGCCCUUAGGCCCUUCUGAAGUAGCUCUUUGGACCCCAGCACGUCAGUACUGGCUUUGGCAGCCCCAGAAUGCCCCUGCCCCCUUCAGAAAACAGGCUUCGUGAUGGAGGGCCCGACCUCUAAGGCUGGCUAGCUCAGUAGUUCUGAAAUGGCAUGACAGGGAUUGUGGGGGAUUCUCCAGGGCAAGACAGGAGAUGGUAGAUAGCUUUCCAUGAAAGGCAGCGAGCACAUAGCUGCUGACCGCAUUAUAGAAUUGUAGAGUUGGAAGAGACCCCUAGGGUCAUCUAGCCAACCCCCUGCAAUGCAGGAAUCUCAUCUAAAGCAUCCAUGAAAGAUGGCCAUCCGACCUCCUUGAAAGCCAUUGGUUCGAGUCCUACUCUCCAGAUCAGGAAAAAACAAGCUUGUUCCCUCUUCCAUGUGACAGCUCUUAAUAUAUUUGAAGAUGAUUGUCAUACCUCCUCUCAGUCUCCUAUUUUCCAGGCUAAACCUACCCAGCUCCUUCAACUGUUCCUCAUAAGGUUUGGUUUCCAGACCCUUGAUCAUCUUGGUUGCCCUCCUCUGCACAUGUUCCAGCUUGUCAACAUCCUCCUUAUAUUUGGUGCCCAGAACUGGACACAGUAUUCGAGGUGUGGUCUGACCAAGGCAGAAUGGAGUGGGACUAGUACUUCCCUUCAUCUGAACACUACCUCUGUUGAUGCAGCCUAGAAUCGUGAUGGCUUCUUCUGCUGCUGCAUCAUGCUGUUGACUCACAUUAAAUUUAUGAUCCCUAGGUCAUUUUCACGUGUACUGCUAGCAAGCCAGGUGUCCCGUCUUAUAUUAGUGCAGCUUGUUCUUCCUGCCUAAGUGCAGAACCUUUCAUUUGUCUUUAUUGAAAUUCACUUUGUUAGUUUGGGCCCAGUUCUCCAAUCUGUUACAAGGUCAUUUGAAUCACAAUCCUGUAUUCUGCAGAAUUAGCUACCCCUCCCAGCUUGGUGUCAUCUGCAGAUUUGAUUAGCAUCCCCUCAAUUCCUUAGUCCUGGUCAUUGUUUAUAAAGACACUGAACAACAAUGAGCCCAGGACAGAACCCUGCAGCACCCUUCCUGUCCCUGUUCUUCAGGAUGACGAGGAAGCACUAAUGAGAACUCUUUGGAUUCAGUCAGUCAAGCAGAUACAAAUUCACCUCACAGUUACCUCAUUCAACCCACAUUUUAUCAGCAUGCUCGCAAGAAUAUCAUGGGGACCUUUGUCAACAUUCUUACUGAAAUCAAGAUACACUAUGUCCACAGCGUUCCUCUGAUCCAUCAAGCUUGUGACUCUCAUCAAAUAAAUGUGAUUCAUCUAGCAUGACUUGUUUUGAGAAACCCAUGCAAAAUCUUAGUAAUCACAGCAUCCUUUUCUACAUGCUCACAGACCAACUGUUGAAUUAUCUGUUAUAGGACCUUUCCUGGUAUCAUUGUCAAGCUCACCGGUCGGUAGUUUUGUUGUUGUUUAGUCGUGCCCGACUCUUCGUGACCCCAUGGACCAGAGCACACCAGGCACUCCUGUCUUCCACUGCCUCCCGCAGUUUUGUCAAACUCAUGCUGGUAGCUUCAAGAACACUGUCCAGUCAUCUCGUCCUCUGUCGUCCCCUUCUCCUGGUGCCCUCCAUCUUUCCCAACAUCAGGGUCUUUUCUAGGGAGUCUUCUCUUCUCAUGAGGUGGCCAAAGUAUUGGAGCCUCAGCUUCAGGAUCUGUCCUUCCAGUGAGCACUCAGGGCUGAUUUCCUUAGGAAUGGAUAGGUUUGAUCUUCUUGGUCUGUAGUUACCUAGGUCUUAUUUCCCCCCAUUUUUGAAGAUGGAGACAUUUGCCUUCCUCCACUCUGUAGGGACCUCACCUGUUCUCCAAGAUUUCUCAAAGAUCAUAAACAAAGGCUCUGAAUUUACAUCCGCAAUCUCCUUUAGUUCCCUUGGGUGCAACUCAUCAGGCCUUGGAGAUUUGAAAUCAAUUAAAGUACCUAGGUGUUCCCUUACUACCUCUCUUCCUAUCUUGGGCUGCAGCUCUCUACUUGCAUCAUUUAUUCUGUUAUCACCAGGUUGGGCAUCACUUUCCUUUUGGGUGAAGACAGAGGCAAAGUAGGUACUGAGUAGUUCCGCCUUCUCUUUGUCACCCAGUAGCAUUUCUCCACCUUCCCUAUGUAGAGGACCUACAAUUUGCUUGUUUUCCUCUGGCUUCAGACAUAGCAGAAUAAACAUUAAUCAUCAUCAUCAUCAUCAUCUCUCUCACAAGCCUGAGCUCAUUCUGAGCUUUAGCCAGCCUGACCUUCACCCUGCAACUGUUGGCUACUCUUGUUUACCCCUCCUUUGUGAUUGCCCAAUUCUUCCAUUUCUUAACUCUCAGCUCAUCUGUAAGCUCCUUGUGCAACCACACUGCUUUCCUUAGAUGCCUCCCACUUUUCUUUCUUGUUGGUAUUGUCUGUAUUUGGGCCUUCAAUAUUUCUCCGUUUAGAAACUCCUAUCCAUCUUGGUCUCCCUUCUCUUUGAGUAUUUCUGACCAUGGGAUCUCACCCAGUAGCUCCUUCAGCUUUUCGAAACUGGCCUUCUUAAAGUCCAGAGUGCAUGUCCAACUACACUCAACUUUCCCUUGCCUCUGUAUCAUGAAACCCAAGAGGACAUGAUCACUUCCUCCCAAGUUUCCCAGUACUUCCACUUUGUUGAUCAGUUCCUUCCUGUUGGUGAGGACCGGGUCUAGAACAGAUGAUCCAUUUGUUGCUUCUUCCACCUUCUGGGAAAUGAAAUUGUCAGUGAGGCAAUGGAGGAAUUUGUUGAACCUUUCAUUUGUGGCAGAAUUUGAGUUCCAACAGAUAUCAGGGAAGUUGAAGUCUCCCAUGACUACUAUCUCUCUCUAGUUCUGUAUUGCAUUAGGUGCCUUCCUUGUGAGGUGUGACAGUGAGGUCCAGUGGGCCUGGCUGAUGACAGCCCUAUUAACUGAAUGCAUGACUGGAAAUAUUCCCCUUUGGUACAUACAGCAAACCAACUCAGGUGGCUUGUAGAAUAGCAAGUUAGAACCUGCACAAGGCAAACAAACUCAAUGAAGCACUCGGAUCCAGGUGGCAAUCCCAAGUCCAAUAGCAACAUGGCAAUGCCUUGCAAGACUGAUUUAGCUGCCAAUUUAGCUUAUUCCUGCGUUGCAUGGGGUUGGGCUAGAUGACCCUUUGGGACCUUUCCAACCCUACAGUUCUGUGAUUCAUCAAAGUGGUUUUUGCUCACGGUGAAUAAUAAAAUGAUAUUGGCUGUUCUCUCUCCUCCUCCUGUCUCUUCCCCCACCCCACCCUGCCAAUAUCACAUAUUCUCGACUGUUCAGAAAGAUAUUGGGAGCAGGCUCAUGCCCGCCUUCAACACCCCAUCUAAGAUUCCAUUUUCGGAUGUCAACAUUGGUCGGGGCACAGCGCAUCCUCCUCGCUGGACAUCGGAUAGCACCGUAGCAGAGGUGACCAGCAUCCAGCUGGAGUUCAGGGAGCUUUCGCGCCUUACUGGGGAAGAGAAAUUUCAGGUAUAGCUGUUGGUGAGCUCUUCUCUCCUUCCUUUCCUGAUGGCAUGCAGAGGGGGACCGUUGGCCAUCUAGUCCCACCCCCUUCCAUCUCUUGCCAGAAAACGGGAAUGUCAAUCCAUGCCAUCCUGACUUUUGCAGGCCAGAAGUGGGAAUAAAUAUCUUCUGGGACAUAUAUCAUUCCUUUGCUAUAUAGACCCGGGCACUUAAGCUAAGACACCCAGAAUGGAACAGGUGGGAGGGAGGGGUUGGAGAGACAAUUGUCUGAUAUGAUCCCAACGAUUCCAAACCACCCCCAGUAUUUCCAGUAACCAAUGCAGCAGGAUUUAAGGUUCUAUUAAAAUGCAGUGUAAAGUAGUUUCUCUUUUGGCAGGGUAAUAGUUACUGUUUAUGCCAGGAAAAUAAAUGAGCAUGGAGAACAGGCUUGUCCAUGCCUAUGAGCCCAGCUAGCAAAUGCAGGCCUUCUUGUUUAGAUCUGGUAUACCUCUAACUAUUGGAUUCUGAGAACGGGCAACCGGAGGCAACUGUUGCCUAGGAAGUCUUGCGGCCACUGAGAGAGAGGCACCUGGCUGGCCACUAUUGGAAGCAAGGUGCUGGGCUGCAUGGAUACUUGGCCUGGUCCAGCAAGGCUGUUCUUGCAUUUUCGCUUGUCUCUGAGAAAUCAAAAUUUGAAAUUCAGUCCAUCUGUUUUUGUACUUUUCCCUGGGGGGGUGGGGGUUGUGUAAGCGUACAAAUGAGUCUCCCUUGUUUGUACAUGUAGAAAGCAGUGGAUGGGGUGAUGAAACAUGUCCACACCCUUGCUGGCAAGAACGACGGCUUGGUGCCUAUGUUCAUCAACACCAACAGUGGGCAGUUUACCCACUUGGGGGUCUAUACUCUUGGAGCCCGAGCAGACAGCUACUAUGAGUACCUGCUCAAGCAAUGGAUCCAGGGAGGGAAGAAAGAAAAUGAGUAAGUCCUUUUUACUUUCCCCCAUCGCCUCCUUUCUUUUUUUUAAACUCUAGAUUACAUUGAACCUUGCUGGAAGUGGGGAAUAGGUGGGCAUCAAGGGGCCUGUUGAAGAUCUGUGCCCUCCGUAUGGAGGCAGACUAUUGAGUGACCUGGAUGGAAAUGCAACAGCAUGUUGGAAAUCUGUCCACUGCCCCAGGCAUUUCAUAAUCCUCCUAAACCAGACUUCCCUAGCCUCGUGCCCUUCGGAUGCUUUGGACUACAGCUCCCAUCAUCCCCAGCCAGCAUGACUGUAUGAUGCUAGAGCUGGUAGUAGUGUAGCUGGGGCUGAUGGGAGUUGUAGUCCAAAGCAUCUGGAAGGGUGCCAGUUUGCAUAAGGCUGUCUUAAACUAAUUUUUCCCCCUGUUCUGAAAAAGCCAUUUUGCUCUAUGACCUGUGACAGUUCAUUCACAAAUUGACACACACAAGGUAAAUGUGAAUGUCACACAGGCUGGAAGUGUGAAAGAGCUCUGGGUGGUAUCUUGUCUGCCUCUGCUGACAGCAGCCACAGUGCUUAAAAAACCAAGCCCUCCUGAUGUGUGUGUGUGUUUAUAAUUGUCAGGCUUUUGGAAGAUUACGUGAAGGGUGUCGAGGGGGUGAAGAUGCACCUUCUCCGGAAAUCGCAACCAAGGAGACUGACUUUUGUUGGUGAACUUGCUCAUGGCCGCUUCAGCGCUAAAAUGGUGGGCUUGCUUUCCAUGGCUGGGAGAGCUAUUUGUUAACAUUGUUUUCUCUUGACCGCUCUGUUCUGUAAAGAGGUCCGAUUCCUUUUUCCAUUUUGCUCCUCCCUGGACCACCAGACUUCACCCGUUUUUAUCUGUAAGGGUGUCCUGGUCUUUGACUUUGUAAAAGGCUUGCACCUGUCCUCCUUUUUCAUGAAGGUUAGGCAGCAAUCCUGUACAUCCUUUCUUGACUGUGAUCUCCACUGAAUACAAUGGCAUACCGUUCUGAGUGUAUGUGGACUGCUAGCCAAAUUUUUCCUUUCUAUUCCCCAAACAAGAUCUUAAUUCCACUGGAUAAAACGAGCUGAAUUUGUCAAUGCACUAUCACAUUUUGGUGGGUGCCCUCUUAGUGUUGUAGAUCUGUCUUUUUCUGGGCUCUGGGGCACCUCACAAACUUUUCACCGGUUGAUUCAAGGAGUAGCUCCCAUGAAAACGGUUGGGCUUUUACUCCUCAGUCGUCCAUUGCACAGCCACAGGGAACUGCCGGCUGUGUCCUAGGGUACAAUCUUCAGCUCAUGUCUGGCAGCAUUCUUCCUCUUCCCUCCCUAUCCUCGUUUCAUUCUGGGUUGUCUCUAUUAAGAUCAUAAGCCUUUAUUUUUAAUUUCUACCCCCAAGUGCACUGUCAGGAAAGCAGUAUACAUAGUAAAAAAAAACCCCACCUUGAAAUGCAGGGACCCGGUCGACCUGUCCGUUACCCCAUCCAAAUGGAGCACGAGCCCAAGAACCCUUUUCAACACCCUCUGGUUCUGUAUCAGGGCUCCUUGCAGAUAGAGUGCCAGAGAAGUCUCCCCGCCCCAGCAUAGACUUUGAAAACUCAUAGAGAGAUUUGGUUCUUCCUUAACUCUUGCCAUGUUUCCUGAGCAGGAUCACCUGGUCUGCUUCUUGCCCGGAGCCCUGGCUCUUGGUGCCCACAAUGGGCUCCCCGCGGACCACAUGGCCUUGGCAGUGGAGCUGGCAGAAACCUGCUACCAGAUGUAUGCGCAAGUGGAGACGGGCCUGAGCCCAGAGAUUGUCCACUUCAACAUGCAUGCACAAAAGGACCGGAAGGAUGUGGAGAUAAAGGUGAGCAACUCAGCAGGUGCGGGGUGUUCCAUCUGUCCUUCUUACAACUGUAUUACUCCGAUAUUGGGUUUUUUUUGGGGGGGUGUGUGUCUAAAACUGAGAGGUUCUGCUUUAUUAAAGACCAUCUAGAGAGAUGAUACAGUGGACGCUCGGGUUGCAAACGUGAUCUGUGUGGGAGGCGCAUUCGCAACCUGCAGUGUUCACAACAGCAGUGCCGCGUCUGCGCAUGCACAGGUUGCAAUUCGGUGCUUCUGCGCAUGCGCCGAAACCCCAAAGUAACCUGUUCUGGUACUUCCAGGUUCAGCUCCGUGCGCAACCCGAAAACGCGCAACCUAAAGCGCCUGUAACCCGAGGGAUGCCUGUACAUGAGACAGUGGCGGAGUGUCAUGCUCCAGCACUGGGGGGGGGGGGGGGAGAGCAGGCGGGGGCGAGGCUGGCGUGCGUCCUGGGGGCGUGGCACACUGCUUGUAAGGGGGGGGGGGCAGCCGUGAUGGCACCCCACCGGGAUCACGCUGCCGGGGGCGGUGCGCUCUCCACGCACUCCUCUUCCUCUGCCAGUGACAUGAGAGUCCCAGUUUGUAGCUUUGGGUCUCUUAGCAACUGUGCAACUUCAUGGUAAGUACCAGUGAGAGGACCUUUGGAAGACUCUUCCCUGUGCAGCUUGCCUGGCACCACCUUUGUGGUGUUUUAACACCAUGAGAAACUUUCUGUUCAACUGGGGCCUAUUAAACGGCUAGCUGGUGUCACCCGGGCCUUGUGAUUCUUGGCUCCAUGUCGGGUGUAACUGAGUUUUGCUUUUGUGGUUUCCUGACUUCUUUGCAUUCAUGUUGUUUUCUUAUUUAUUAAAAGACCAGCUAAGAGAACAAUGUUAUGAGACAACAAAUGCAAUAAAAUGAAUAACUUAAGAAAAUAAAUAAGCAAGCUACUAGCUUUUGUGUGCUGCAAGCACCUAUUAGGGAUGUAUACUCUGGCAUGCAUAUAUACAUUUUAAAAACAGACGUGCUCAGUGGGUAUAUUGCAAACAUUUUGGAUCAAGAAAAGUAAGGAUUAUGGUAAAAUGGAGGAAGGAGAGGCCAGUACACACACACACAUACACACACCCCUCAGGGCUGAGGGAUAUGGGGCUACAAAGGGCCUCUUUCUUCUUCUGUAAUUCUUUAUUUGUUUCCCCUACCCCAGGCAGCGGACAGGCACAAUCUUCUGCGCCCUGAGACAGUGGAGAGCCUUUUCUACCUGUAUCGAUUCACUGGUGAUAAGAAGUACCAGGAUUGGGGCUGGGAGAUACUGCAGAGCUUCAAUAAAUACACACGGGUAAAGCGGAUCUCUGGGGUGCGCUUUGGAAGCUCUUGGGCAGCCUUGGUCCAUAUCUUCACAUGAUGCACAGCUGAUUUGUGGAAUUUGCUGCCACAAAAUGUGAAGGCCUUGAGCUUAAUUAACUUUAGAGGGUGUGUGUGUGUGCAUGAGAAAUCCAGUGGCUAUUAGUCCUAGUGGCUAAAUGAAGCCUCCAUGUUCAGAAGCAGCAUAGCUCUGAAGACCACUUGCUGAGGAGCAACAGCAGGGGAAACCCGUUGUCUUUAUGCCCUGCUUGAGGACUUUACCUAGAGGCAACUGGCUGACCCCUGUUGGAAGCAAGUGGCUGGCCUUGGUGUGUUCUCUGGUAUGAUCCAGUAGGGAUGCUCUUAAGGUGCUUGUUUUUAAAGAUUAUCAUCUCACUUUUCCAGCUUGUGUUAGCUGUCCAGGCCAGCCUCUGCCAACCUGGUGUCCUUCAGACGUUUUGGGCUGCGACUCCCAUCAGCCUCCAGCACAAUGAGUUGUAGUUUGGAACACCUGGAGGACGCCAGGUUGAAGAAGGCUGGCUUAGAACAUUCAAGGCAGUCAUAUGCAUGACACCAGGCAAUGCAGGAAAGACGACAUUCUUGGAGGCUGUCCUCCUGUGCACAACCCUCCCCCACUGUUCCUCAUGACGUAGAAAACAUGGGAUUUGGAAACCUAACGUGGAGGGGGUGGGGAAUGGCUGGUGCAGAUGUGUGUGUCAUUACACUUGCCAAGCAAUAACCAAAUGGCUCUAGGCAGGGAGCAGUCCCAUGCUGAGGUUUGUUUUCUUGGGAUCCUUCUGCCCAGGUCCCCACUGGUGGCUACACGUCCAUCAACAACGUCCAGAGCACCAGCAACCCGGAGCCAAGAGACAAGAUGGAAAGCUUUUUCCUCGGGGAAACACUCAAGUAUCUUUUCUUGCUCUUCUCUGACGAUGUGGACUUGAUAAACCUCGAUAAGUAUGUCUUCAACACAGAAGCUCACCCUCUUCCGAUUUGGCCAUCAGCAUAAAAUGAAAGAUGAGGCACCAACCAUUCCCGGUCUUGAUCGUGUCCCAGCUUGUUGGGGCCUGAAGGGAGGUGUGCAGAGUUUUGUGGGUUCAUUUUUUUGCUGGCAGCACGUCAGAAAGGUUUACGGAAGGGAAGCUCCAGACAUACACCCCCUCCCCCCACCACACUACCCUUGCGUCUUAUCUCUCCGUCCACAAAGACUUGGUUGGGCAAGCAAUGAAGUGCAAUGCUGAAUCCUGCCUGGAGCACGAGACAUUUGAGAGGAGAAACAGGGAUCACAUUUAUUUGACCUGGUGAGAUCCACCAAGCCUUAGAUUUCGUAUUGGUGUCCGAAUGAACGUCCUGGUGAGAGGAGACUCAUUUGGGAACGCCAAGCUGCUCUCACUUUACAGCAUCGUUCCACUGUAUGAGCCUGCGCCAUGUCUGUAUGGUAGAGGGAACAGAAAGAGAGAGGCAUCCUCAUCCCAGAUUUAGAAUCCUUGUUGCUGGUGCAGUUUGCUGAUUUUCCACUUACAUUCCAAGCCAGAGGGCUCUACCGCUGGCCACACAAAAAAAAGCUGACCCUUUUUAGCAGUGUUACCAGUGGCGACAUCUUCAUGGCACUCUGAAUAAUCUUGUGAUGCUCGUACCGUUGUGAACUGUGGGGCAGUUUAAGCGCAGAGGCUGCUGGUUUGGGUGGAGGGUUGUGUACACUUCUAGGUGUGUCACUCUAUAUAUUUCUUAACUUAUCUGCAUAAAUGCAGGAAGACAAUGUGAAAAAGAAAUUUUACAUUCUAAAAAAAAAGGGUUAUCUGUGCAGAAGUUUAUAUAUGUAUAGUUAAUGUUUCAGCUCAGGUAUUCCAACUGAAAGCUGCUUCCUGAAGCUCCAGGAGUCCUGAAUAAAUGUGUGAGGUCGUUGCCAUUUCCUCCCGUGGAUUGGAACCCAUGCCUGAAAUAAGCAGGCUUGCUGUUCUCUCCUUCGCUGUGUGCUGGCUCAGCUGGGCCUUUGCUGGAAAAGAGGGUUCUUGUUUGGUGUACACAGCUAGGAAGCAGUUGCUUCCAGGGUCCAGUUUCUAUGGUGAAGUCAAAGAGAAUGGUAAUGAUUGUGACUGUUAGGAAAUGGGUUAGCACAGAGGGUGUAUUGAUUUGUAUUGAUUCUCCUGAAACAGUAGGCUUGAUAAGAAAAUGCUGUGGUGGCUUUUUAAAUACAGGUCAAGGAGUAAACCUAAUGUAUUAAGUGCAAAUGUAUUAAAUAACCUAAUGGGGUUUUGAGGUCUUGAAAGCUCUUGCUAAGGGGAAAGCUUAGUUUGAGGCAGUAGGGGGCUCUUUGGCAGUAUUCUGGCUCUGAUGCUCCUGCUUCCUGUUCUUCGUCUUGCUGGCCACCUCCAGGGUUAGCUCAGGGUGGUGAAGGGCCUUGUGCAAUAACCUGAGUUUGGGUCAACUAAGGAGCGGGGGCAUUUCUCCUUUUCCUGGGUCUGUUGCAUGUGCUACCCUUUCAUUUGCCCUUCCUAUGGCUUCAUGUGGAAUUCAGGGUAUAUGUUUCGGAAAUGUCUUGUCUGUAGUUCUCUUUUUUUCUUUUUGCUUAUGCUUGCACAGCACCACCUCUCCCUUAUAGUUUGUUAGCCAUUAUUUCUUCCAUCUCCUCCUGCUUCCACUGAAUCCCAAACUCCAGAAGAGGAAUCCCAGAUUGGAGGGGUGGAGAGGGUGCUGGAGACCAUCCUCUCUAGUUUGGGGGCUGACCAGUCACCCAGCAAUUUUCAUUGCCUGCCGUGGAAUUCCCAGCCUCUGUUGCUUCCUGCUUUUCUCAGUAGUACCUUCUGUCAGGACUGUCUUGUAACCGCUUAGUCGCUGUUUUUGAGCUGGAACAAAUUAUUUAAAUAUCAAGGGUAACAAAUUAGUGGGAAGAUGCCCUGUGGCUUCCACAUCAGAAUGAAUAAGAGAGCAGAGCUUGGACUGGCACGAGAAUUUCCUGCAAUGAAUUAUGUUCUUGGUAGAUCCUACUUGUCUUUUAUUUUUUUAGAAUUGUGACAGAAUUUCAGAGUGUAUUUUGCGAGCUGUAUCAAAUCUGGCACAUAUGGUGUUGGUGGUGGACUCUCUUUGCCCAGAACAAGAGCUGAACAACAACAACUUGUCAUAAGACUUUCCAAUCGAAAAGCAAGUUUUCAGAGACUGAGGUUUGGGUGCUGACUUAAUAGCUGGAGCAGCGCAGUGGACAAGACCCUGCGGGUGGUGAUCCAGUUCAAGUCUCACCACUGCUAGGUAUAGUCUCAGCCUCAAGCUUCCCUGCAAAAGUGCAUGGAUUGCAGCAGCCCAACCUUGCAGGAUGGUGGUUAGGCUCUCAGAGAUAAAAAGUGCAAUAUAAUUGCUAAGGAUUAAUAAUUCCAAAUUUUGCUGCUGUAACCAUGGAUUUUCAGAGGAAGGCACUGGAUGCCAGUUGUUUUACACGAAGCCUGUCUUCCCCGUUGUAGGGCAGUGUCUCCUGAGUGGCAGCAGAAAAGCGGUCACAAGCCGCAUGACCCUGCCUGCCCUGGGCAGUACUGGAACAUUCAUCCGAGAAAGAUUUAUGUGUGUGUGUUUGUGUGUGUCAUUUAGAAGACUGUGGUGUUCCUGUUCCCCACUCUCCUCACCCAAGUGCACCCUGGAAUUUAAAAGCCAUACUCUAAAGCUGAACAGUUGCCCCAUCUUGGGAAGGCCAACGCUUAAACUUUGCACUGGGGCCUUCUACACCCAAGGGUAAAGGGGGGAUGAGUGGGUGUAGGAGCUGGAGGCGAGUGCUUUCCCUAGGAAGGAGGCAGAAGCUGGUAGACAGGUGAUGAUGUAUCCCUUGGUAACAUGCAGCUAGCCAGGCACAAGGUGGAGUCUUUUUGGCACUGAGCAACCUACCGUGCUGGAACACGCUCUCCAACUCCUGGGCCCCCACCCAGAGACUAACAGCAGAAGAAAUGAGCUGCACCUGCAGAAUGUGGCUUUUGUUGGUGCAGAAUCCUGAAUUCUCACUCCCCUCACAUGCAGAAUAUUCACAGCUCCCCACAAAAGCCAAAUCCUCUUCAUUCUCUCUUCUUUCAAAGCACUUCCAAAAAAGAAAAAAAAAACUGUAUUGUCAUUUUUCUUGCUCUGCAGUGCCACAGGUCUGCAGACAUUCCGUGUUUAAUCUUCCAUGGUUAUGUGUAGGCAGGUGGGUUAUGGGUACAGUGUUGUGAAUAGGAACAUGUCUUACUGUGAAAUGCUGCCUAUGAAGAUUGCCAGUUCUUUCUCCAAUGUCUUAAAGGAGGGGAAACAGGAGUUUCCCAUCCUCUUCCUCCGAGCAACAGAAACAACAACCAGGAGUCUAGUUGGCAACUUGCUGCAAACUGAUAGGAAGCGAAGGCCAGAUCUUCCAACCACCAAACCUCAUGCCUAGAUGCUGAGUUGCUGCUGCGUUUACUCCUCCGUUUGGUACAGGAGCUGCAGGGUGGAGGAGCUUCCAAGACUUAGCCUAUUCCCUUUCCCCAUGCAGCUGCUCUAAAGCUGACUGCCUUCCUUCUCUUCCCCUGCCAAAGAAGAAAAAAGAACGAAGCCUUGCUGUGUUUGUUAUCUGGUCCACCAUAUUUGUUACAUAGAUGAGCCCAUCCCAUUGUGAAUGUGCAAAUGAUUUUUGGUGUACUUCACCUUUUUAAGAGGUGGAAGAAAUAUAUCUUAAAUAAGAUUUAAAUAAAAAAUCCCAUUGUAUUUAGUCAAGCUAAUCCACAGAAUUCUAUUCCACUUUAAUAAACUUGUAAUUUAUUUUG